ACAACAUAACGUUAAUAAUUGACGAUGAAAGUUUAAUUUUAUAGUAUUUAGUAUUUACCAGUUAUUUAUGUUAUUUUGUCUAAACACAUCUAUACAUUUUACAUUUGAUGUAGUUAUUACUUAUUAUUAUUAAUCGUGUUACCUUUUAUAUGCACCUUAAACAAUAAAUAAUUAACAAUGGUUUGUAUUGUGCCUAUCACUCUUAAAAUAGUUCCACUUGGUUUCAAGGAUAUAACAAUACGUUGCCAAUCAACAAAAAAAAAUUUGUCUACGUACUAUGAAACAUUAAACCUAAAACCAGGAUGUACAAAAAAAGAAAUACGUAACUCAUUUAUUAAACUAUCUAAAUUAAACCAUCCAGAUGUAUGUGGUCCUUCUUCUAAUGAUAGAUUUGUACGUAUCAAUGAAGCAUACAAUGUACUAAUUGAUGAAAAUAAGAAAAAGUUGUAUGAUGAAACUCUAGUAUACAGUAAAAAUAGCAAUCCAAUUUAUUAUCAUUACCAUGAACGUCGAAAUAGUGGAAAUUGGAAAGAUGAGUACAAUAAUCCAAAUAAUCAUUGGCUAUCAUCAAAUAUUGCUAUUGCAGGUGUCUGUCUUUCAAUACUACUUGUUGGAUCUAUAAUACGAUAUAAUGGUGUUAAAAAAUCUGUUUUCAUGCGAAGUUUGUUGAUGGAUGAAUCUGAUGAACGUUUGUCCUUUUUAGAAGAACAAAAAUUAAUGAAAAUUGAUAAAACCAAUGAUGAGCUUAUAAAAAUAUUUGAACAAAAUAUUGCAAAAGAAUAUGGUCCUAUUGUGAAAAAAUAA